AUGGGGAAGAAGUUCAUCAACAAGAAGCACGCGAAUCGCUCGAAGAGCAAUGGGAAUCGGCGCGACGGCUUCACCCCCGUCGAGAAGACGAAUGAGAAAUAUUGGGCUUUCUACAAGGCCCAAGCGUUGUUCCCCGAAGAGGAAUGGGACGAUUUCCAGGCUGUCGUGCGUCGUGAUUUGCCAUCGGCGUUCCGCGUCCAGGGAUGCCACAAGGACCGUCAGACGUUGAUUGCCGAGAUGGAGAAGCGCUUUUUCACCAAAAUUCGCGCUGCCGGAGACGCGUCCGUUUUUGUGCCCGAGGAGUUGCCGUGGUACCCGGGAGCGUACCAGACUAGAAUGUCACGCACAGAGGUCCGAAGUCACCCAAUUCUCGCCCAGCUGCACAAUUUUCUGGUGACCGAGGCUGAGCUUGGAUCGAUCAGUCGUCAGGAAGCGGUGAGCAUGAUCCCGCCGCUGCUCCUCAACCCCGCCAAGGAUCAUUUUGUGCUCGAUUUGUGCGCGGCGCCGGGGAGCAAAACGAUGCAGCUGAUCGAGAUGAUGCACGAAGAGGACCCGAAUCCAACUGGCAUGGUGAUUGCAAACGACGUCGACAAGAAGCGAUGCUACAUGUUGGUCCGGCAGACGUUGAAGCGGAUGAAGAACGCGAACACGGCAGUGAUCAACGAGGACGCCACCCAGCUCCCGGAUUUCAAGUGGAAGGACGGCUCGACCAGGAAGUUUGACCGCGUGCUUUGCGACGUCAUUUGCAGUGGCGACGGGACCGUGCGCAAGAAUCCGGACAUCUGGGAGAAGUGGUCGCCCCAGGAGGGGAUCGGCAUCCACAAGCUGCAGCUGAGCAUCGCCCGGCGCGCCGUCGAGCAGCUGGCCGUCGGCGGGCGCAUGGUCUACUCAACCUGCUCGAUGAACCCGAUGGAGGACGAGGCUGUCGUAGCGCAGCUGCUGCGCGAAGCCAAAGGCGGCCUACGGCUUAUCGAUGCCCACCCCAUGUUGCCAAAGCUGAAGGCGCUGCGCGGUGUUAAUAAAUGGAAGGUGAUCAGCAAGGCGAUGGUCGAAUACCCCACGCACGCCGAUGUUCCUGAAGAGCUACAGCGUCCGAUCGUCAAGUCUCUAUUCCCGCCCACCGAAGAGGAGGCGGCCACGAUGAACCUACCCUAUACGAUGCGCAUCGUGCCCCAUCACCAAGACACUGGCGGCUUCUUCGUAGCUUUGCUGGAGAAGGUCUCCGAAGUCGAGUUCACCCGGGAAAACAGCAAUGUGAAGGGAGCCGUCUGGCGCAAAAAGUUCUUCAAGGAUGACCCCUUCACGUUCUUGAAAGAAGACGACGAGCGCUGGUUUGAUAUUAGAAAUCACUACGGAAUCUCGGACACGUUUCACUACCAAAACCUCUUCAACCGGAUGCUCGAGGACCAGAACAGCCGGCAGCUCUUCUACGUCAACGACGCCGUCAAGGAGUUCUUGAAAGCAAACAUGGCCCACAUCUCCAUAAUCAACGCCGGGAUGCGCAUGUUUGGGCGCAACGAGAACAAGGUGGAACAAGUGAAAUUCCGUGUCUCGCAGGAGGGGAUAGGUGCCCUGUUCCCGUAUUUGUCGAAGCAAGUGCUCCAAAUUUCGCGCAAGGACAUGUUGACGAUCCUCCGCCACGAGGGCAACCUGGUGCCGAUGGAGGAGCUUGAGGCCGGCGAAGCUAUGCGCAAGAAUCUGAGCGGUAGUCUCGUCGUCUACGUCGACCGGGACGAUCCGGUGUGCACCUGGAUCGGCCAGAAGACGUGCGCUCCAUACGUUGGCAAGGAGGAGAAGGUGCACCUGUUGCGCCUGCUCGGCGAGGACACCGAGGUCAUCGAGGACCUGAUGAGGAACAACCGGAGAGCCAAGGCCGUCGCCGAUCGAAACGCUGUCGACGAGGAGCGAGCUCGCGCAAAAAAUGGAGAGAAUGACGACGCGGAAACGGCUGAAGAAGCCCCCGCCGAAGUGCAGGACGAUGACGAAGGGUCGGGCGGCUACCGCACCGACGACGAGGGCAAGAAGGGCGAGGCUUCUUCAGAUGAACCGGACGCGAAACGGGUAAAGACCGAAGCG